UUUUAAAUUUGAUUCAGUAAAACGUGAAUAGAAGUUUUGAACAAUAAUUUCACGAUUUCUUUUCUUGUACAAUUUGGUGUGAUAUCAAUAGUAGCAUAGUAUUUCAAUAUGCACAAACAAAACUGUAGAAAUCUGGUUUACGAGGAAACAUCUGUUUCUCAAAGUCCCUGCAGUCACAAGAGACCACAAGCUUGCGCGACUAUUGUAAAGGUUUUUCACACAGAAUGUGGAGAAAUGCUGCGUUUUACGUUACAGUAGGCUACGAUGUUAAAUUUGUAUUUACUUGAGCGUCGAAAGGACAUAAUUUCAAAAAUCACAGAGAGAGUCCUGCCACUAUUGUGUCAAAAACUACAUUUGAGUACAUGCGUAUUCUAUGCUAUAUUAAAAUAUUAAAAGAAACAAUUGCUUCUUUUUUUUAUUAAAAAACGUAUACCAAAACGUACCGUAUAAUAAACAUAAUAUCGUCAUUCCACAUAUUGAUUUAAAAUCCUCUAAAAUUACAUUUUUAAAUACUAAUAAAUAAUAUCUAAAAAUAGCAGCCAAGCAGUAGCAGGUCCAAACUACCGGUGGUUAGGGCUCCAGAGACAAAAACUUCCUCCAUAUUGUUAUUCUUAUCAUGGUGAUAGAAUAAUACAAGGGAUACAUAAAAUAUUUCUUAUGUUAAAUGGUUUUAAUGAGCUCUAUUCCACCUUUCAAGCCCUUUCGAGCCCUUAAUGGAAGAAAAAGAUAUACAUUAGAAUACUGUAUGGUCAUCAAGAUUAAGAUUGUGUACCAAAUAUCAGAACGAUCUGUCGACGGGAAGGGGAUAAAAUUCCAAUCACGCAAAUAAACGGGUCAAGCUAAAUAAAACUGGGUUUUUGGCCAGCAACCUUCUUACUGCCAGGACGGCGAAGCGAAGAUGUGGCCGAAGAUGGAGCACACAGACUAGUUUCGGGUCUAAUUACCGGAUUGGGAAAAACAUUGGAAAUCUUCUAUCUAUCGAAAAAAACUCUGUUAUAACACGAAGUCUAGAAUAAUUUAUGUCCGGUGUAUGGCAAUAGGUUCACCCCCAUUACAUCAGUCUUAUAAAAUAACUGGUAAUUUUGUAAAAAGUGGGUGCUUUAUCGUAAAUGUGCCACUUUGUCCAUUUCUACCUACCCCUUCAAGGUUAAAACAAUUGGCGAUAUUAAAAAACACUUAUUACAACCCUACCUUAUAGCGUUAAUAACGAUCGGACGAGGAGAAUGUUAAUAAUCUUAAAUAACCUAAUUAACGUUACAUACCCACACAGUUUUUUUUUUUGGGACAAGCCCGCCACAACCUCCCUUACAGCUGCAACUCCUGUAAGCCUGGAUCUACAGUAGAUACAACCAUGAAAACACCGGAACAUUGAAGUCCGGCGCGUCCCAGGGACAUGAAUGAUUGUCUCGGAUCCCGCAACGAAAUAAAACAGAAGGUUAGAGGAGAAGAAAAGAAAACGAUAGGUUCCACUUCCCUAGGUGAAUUUAAUGCAGGAGACAGAAUGACUAUCGUGACGUCCUAUGUGUGACUGUUAUACCUGCUUCCAAUAAUAGGUAUAGCAAUAGACAUAUAAAGUUUAUGUACAGGAAAAUCUAAUUAAGGGAAAGUGUUAUUUAAUAUUUGCUAUAUAUAAAGCAAAACUCGUCCCUAUUUACUCAUUCACCAACGAUAGACGGGAGGAUACACAAGCCACCAUUUUAUUGGCAUCGUGAAAAGAAUUAAAAGACCAAAAACCAAGAUGCGUGUGUUUAGUUUAUAUUUAUUUUCGUUCAUUUGUUUGAGUGGGAUCACCAAUAUCAGCGGCGGUAAGAUUGGGACAGAUGUGCUGAAUUGGGUUGUGGGUCUGACUACAAAGUGUGACGUUAUAAGAAACGAGACCACGGACGUCAGUAAGCUUACAGUCCAUUUUUACGAUUUCCAAAGUAAGCAAUACAAGUCUUCUCUUAUAAAUAAAGCUGCAAAAGAUAUCAAUAAAAUUGACAAAAACAAGAAGUUAUAUGUGUUUAUCGGUGGUUUUAGAACACACAUUGAACACAAGACGGCAGACCUAGCAAGAGAAACAUUUAAAACCAUCAACGACAGUUACCUAAUUAUCAUCGACCAUCAGGAAUACACUAACGAUGCUAGUUUCACACUAUUUGCUUACAAAAAAGCCGUCCCUUACGUCCCCUCUAUUGGGAAAGAAGUGGCAAAAAUGCUGGCUCAACUCAACAAAAAAGGAAUUGAUGCUAAACGCAUCCACGCUAUCGGCCACAGCUUGGGCAGCCAAAUACUGGGCUAUGUUGGGCAGAAUUUCUUCGAAAUGACCAAUAAGAGAAUCGCUAGGAUUACAGCUCUAGACCCGGCUGGCCCUUGCUUCUCCGACCGUCCUAGAGAGGAGCAGAUCAGAUCUGGUGUGGCGGAUUACGUUGAAGUAUAUCAUAGUGACUUUGGUUUUCUCGGUACAACGAGUGUGCUGGGUGAUGUAGACUUCUUUUUGAACAGAGAAAAAUCAGAGCAACCACAAUGUAAGGAGAAAUCAUGGUUGAAAAAAAUUAAUUAUGUAUCACCGAAAAUAUGCAGCCACUCAAUCUGUGUGAAAGCGUGGAUGUCGACAGUUGCCCAUAAGGACAGAUUCGAGGCUAUACGAUGUGACUCAUAUGAAUUGUUCAAAGCAGGGAAUUGUUCUCGGAAUGCCAAGACCAAAGCGAGCUUUUGGAAUCAUGGUGGUGCCAGAGGAAAAUAUUACAUCACGACUAAAGAUUUUGUGACAUUUUAAAAAUUACUAAGUACUUAAAAGUAUAUACU